GUUUGCCUGCAAGUAUUUAAAGUCAUUUGGAACCGAAGGAUCAAAAACACAUGGAUCCAGUGGGAGUGAAUUCAAUAGAAACUGCAGGUCUAGGAAGACCCUUCCAGCUGGGGAUGUUGUAUGACUGCAGGAGAGAUGUUCUAGUACCAGGAAUCAGACUUUGGAGUAAAGAGCAGCUGCAGCAGAACAUACGCAAUACAGCCCAAAUUAAUACAGUUUUCACAGUCACUGCUUCAGACUCAAUUGAGGAGAAAUCUAGAUUACUGAAUAUUGAUGGUUGUCUGAAACUGAGUCUUUUAGGUGGACUCAUCAAUGUAAGUGGAGCUGCCAGUUAUCUCAAAGACACCAAGGAAUCUUUCAAUCAACAGAGACUGACAUUACAUUAUCAUUCAACCACUGAGUUUAAAGGACUGAUCAUGAACCACUUUCCUUCUGGAGAAAUGGCUCAUUAUGACAAUGAUAUAGCCACACAUGUAGUGACAGCAGUGCUGUAUGGAGCAGAUGCCUGCUUUGUUUUUGAUAGAGAAGUUUCUUCAGAUGAAGACAAAAGGGUGAUAGCAGUAGAUGUAAAUGCUGUCUUUGGGAAGCUAAAAGGCGUUUCAGAAGGUGCAAACAUUAAUCUGAAUGACAAUCAGAAGACUGCAGCCCAAAAAUUCAGCUGUACAUUUUAUGGCGACUUUCAGCUGCCAUGUAAUCCAACCUCUUUUGAAGAUGCUAUGAAGGUUUUUGAAGAUCUCCCAAAACUGCUGGGAGAAAACAAAGAGCUUGCAGUUCCUCUGAGAGUUUGGCUUUAUCCUUUGGACAAACUUUUCUCAAGAGUUGUGAAGUUUCAGCAUGAAAUUAGCAUAGGUCUAAGCACAGACAUUGAAUCUGUAAUUGAGAGUUUAAGUACGACUGAGAUGAAAUGCAGUGAUCUUCUGACAGACACACCUGCUUUGACAUUUACUGCAUUUCAUGACAAAAUCAAUGACAUGAAGAAAAACUGCUACCAGUGCAGGUUGAGUCUCAUGAAGAAACUUGGCUCUCUCUUACCAAAGAUAAGAGGAAAAUUUAUAGAGGAUACAGCAUUGAUCGAUCUGCUAAAUGAUCAUCAGCAAUCUCCAUUUGAAAGAAGCACUCUUGAACAAUGGCUGAAAGAGAAAGAUGAAGAAUCUGACAUCAUUAAAUCAUUGCUCACACAACUGAAUGACCCUGAAGUAAAGGGAGAAAUCAACCUCAAUAAAAAUUUGAUGAAUCUUGAAGUUAAACAUUUGGUCAGCUACACGUUCACAUCACUUGGCUGGCCAGAUGUGCUGCUUUCUAAACAAAAGGCCUACCUGAGUUCAACAAAAGGAAAAAAUGGAGCGAAAAGCUCUGAAUCUGAAAACAAGACUUGGCUCAAACCUGAAAUCCAGAAGACUAUGAGGAACAACUUGAAGGUAUUUAAAAACAUGAUUGAUUUAAACAAUAGCAAAUCAGUGAAGUUUAUUGUUGCAUCAAAAGAAAUGGAAAAUAGUCCAGGUUCCUGCAUACUGCUGUAUGAAAAUGAAUCUAAUGAAGCUGUUUGCUUCACUCCUCCAUCAAAACCAGACUGUCCAAUCAUUGACGAUAUCAGAUGUAGGCAAGUGGUUUUGAAAGUGUCUCCACCGUGUCCUGCUACAGAGGAGCUCAAAUUACUGUACAAAAUGAAGGAGGAGAAAGACUGGAUAUCUCAAACUGUGUCAAAGAACCAGAAUAGAGUGACUCUGACUGAUCUCAGACCAGAUACUGAGUACAGUAUUAAAUGUGCAGCAGUGGGAAAACUCAACUACAUCACUGAAUCUGAUGUCACCUCAGUUAUCACAAACACAAAGGACAAAAAUGAACUCAUCAAAAAAAGCAUCUUAAUUGAAGAUGGAAAUCCUGCUCGAUACCGUCUGCAAACAAGUGCAGAUAAUUUGGAGCAAUCUGAACCAUAUAGACAAUUGACCUUUGGAGAGAGCGAUAAAAACAAACCUCAUAAAACCAUUCUGAUGGUGGGAGAAACAGGAACAGGAAAAACAACCCUUAUCAAUACGAUGAUCAACUACAUGUUGGGUGUUCAGAGAGAAGACAAAGUUUGGUUUGAGAUCACAGAUGAUCAGAGCGACCGAACUUCAGUUCACAGUCAGACCUCCAGAAUCACUGUUUAUGGGUUUUAUCUACAAGAGAGUCCAAUCGAUUUAACAGUCAUUGACACACCAGGAUAUGGAGACACUCGCGCAGCUGAUCUUGAUAAAGACAUCGGCAAGAAUUUGCUUAGUUGCUUGAGUAAAUCUGCAGAUGGGAUUGAUGAAAUAUAUGCAGUGUGUCUGGUGAUUAAAGCAACACAGAAUCGACUCUCUGACAGACAACAAUACAUAUUUAAAUCUGUUCAGUCUUUAUUUGGAAGAGAUAUUGCUGAAAACAUUGUGUUGCUCUUCACACACUCAGAUGGUCUUCAACCUAAAAAUGCCCUGACGGCUGUUAAAGAGGCUGAAAUCAAGUGUGCAGUAAAUGACAAGAAUCAGCCAGUGUUUUUCCUGUUUAACAACUGUCAGUCAGACACUGCUGAUGAAGAAGAUGAUGAAGAAUAUGAAAUGAUACAGGAACAAUCAUGGGAUCACAGUUUUAGAGGAAUGACAGGAUUGUUCAAGUUUCUUGACACAAUAAAACCAAAAUCCCUGAAGAUGACUCGAGAUGUGUUACAACAACAGAAGCAGCUGGAGGCAAAAGUCUCCAAUUUACAAUCCUGUGUUCAAAUGAUGGAAAUAAAGCAAAAUGAGCUGAAACAAAUUCAAGAAGCCAAAUACAAUAAUAACUUUGAGUGUGAAGUUGAAGUGUGCUACAAAGAGAUGGUUGAUAUUGAUCAUUCUGUAGGCAUAAUGGCAACAUGCUGCACCGUCUGUGAGGAGAACUGUGUUUACCCAGAUAAAGCAUGGUUCAUCACUGAUCUCUCAUGGUGCAGUGCGAUGAGAAAUAAUCACUGUACAGUGUGCACACAUAGAUGCCACUACAGCAAACAUAUCAAAUCAGCAAAAAUAUAUGUAAUAACGACAAAGAAGGAGAAGAGAACAUUUGAAGAUUUAAAGAAGAAAUAUGAUAAUAAGAUUAGGGAUGAUGAAAAAGAGCUGCAAGAAUCAGAGAUUGAGAAAAUAAAGCUUUUGAAUGAAGCUUUUGACUGUGUGGAGACUCUGCAGAUGAUCGCACUCAAUGCUGAAUCACUGUUCAUCCUUCAGCACAUUGAUUUUCUGGUUAAGAAGCUGAAGGAAAUAAAUGAGCCUGAAAAAGCCCAAACACUGGAAAACAUCAAGAAGAGAGCAGGAGAAGAAAAACAAAGAGCAACUGGAUACUUAAGAUAAAAAAAAAAUAAAUAAAUCAUGUCUUAGCUACUCAAACCCUGCUGACACUCUGAAAACAAGAUCCUGAAAAUGUUUCUGCUUCUUUCAAAACAUGUCUUUGAUAUGAUGUAAAGCUAUAUAUUAUCAUUCAUUGUAAUUGUUGCAUGCAUCUAACAUUUUACUGUCAUCCGACUUGUACUGUAUCUAUAUCCUCACACUUGUAUUUUUUUUUCAUUUGAAAGUUACUUUGGAUA